AUAUCUGUGUUUCUGCGAUUCCAGUUUUCAUCAUUUGAUUACUGCAGUGGAAAGAUAGAAGCUUGAAUUUUUGUGGAUCAGGUAAAGUAGUGUUGUUUUCUGUGUGAAAGUGGUGCGAGCGAGGAGUGUGGAUGCUGUCUGCUGUGCGAUCGUGAUUAGAGCGUGCGUUCCGGACUCCUGCUCGAUGAUCGUCGAAGUCUUGUUGCAGUGUCUCACUGACUAGUCCUUCUCCGUCAUUUGAUCAAUGAAGUUUGUUGGCACUUGGCAGAACUAGGGAUUAAUCUACAAAUAUGCUUCAGGAAAGGAUGGAAUUUUAGAUGGUGUAGGCAGAGUGCCAGUGGACAUGUUUUUCGAGGAAUGCUGGUGUUGGUUGGUUGUGCAGCUGAACGAAGUUUUGAACGAAGCCGCCGCAGCCGGACGAGCGGCAGUGGCAGGCCGAGCUGGAGAAGGCCAAGAAGUGGCAGCUGCUGCAGACGAAGCGCUACGCGGAGAAGCGCAAGUUCGGCUUCAUCGACGCGCAGAAGGAGAACAUGCCACCGGAGCACGUGCGCAAGAUCAUCCGCGACAACGGAUAUAACGCAAAAGAAGUUCCAGAACGACAAGCCCGCCUACUUGGGGGCGCUCAAGUAAGUACAUUCCGCACGCGGUGCUGAAGCUUCUGGAGAACAUGCCCGUGCGCGCGACCUGAUCCAGCGCUCCUUACCGGAGCACCGGACCCUAACAACGAGAAAAAUCGUGGGCUAUAACAACAAGAAGUGCUGGCCGCGCGACUCGCGCAUGCGCCUGAUGAAGCACGACGUCAACCUGGGCCGCGCCGUCUUCUGAGACAUCAAGAUCGGCUGCCGCGCUCCACCACUACCAUCAACUGGGACGAGAGCUUCGGGUCGGUGUACUCCAAGGAUAAUCCUAACCUGCUGUUCAGUUUGUGCGGCUUCGAGUGCCGCAUCCUGCAUCCGUGCCGCAUCCUGCAUCCGUGCCGCACCAGCACGGAGGGUACACGCACAAGGACGGCGUGUCGAAUCUGCAGAACGAGGUGACGAAGGAGCGGACGGCGCAGUGCUUCCUGCGCGUCGACGAUGACUCCAUGCAGUAGUUCUAUAACCGGGUGCGGCAGAUCCUGAUGGCCUCGGGCUCGACGACCUUCACCAAGAUUGUCAACAAGUGGAACACGGCUCUCAUCGGAUUUGGUGGCCUUUUACCGCGAGGCGGUGGUGAACACGCAGGAGCUGCUGGAUUUGCUGGUGAAGUGCGAGAACAAGCUUCAGACGCGCAUCAAGAUCGGGCUGAACUGGAAGAUGCCGUCGCGCUUCCCGCCCGUCGUCUUCUACACGCCGAAGGAGAUCGGCGGCCUGGGCAUGCUGUCGAUGGGGCACGUGCUGAUCCCGCAGUCGGAUCUGCACUGGUCCAAGCAGACGGACAUCGGCAUCACGCACUUCCGCUCCGGCAUGUCGCACGACGAGGACCAGCUGAUCCCCAACUUGUACCGCUACAUCCAGCCCUGGGAGUCCGAGUUCACCGACUCGCAGCGUGUCUGGGCCGAGUACGCGCUGAAGCGGCAGGAGGCCAAUGUGCAGAACCGCCGCCUGACGCUGGAGGAUCUGGAGAACAGCUGGGACCGCGGGAUCCCCAGGAUCAACACUCUCUUCCAGAAGGAUCGCCACACGCUGGUCUACGCUAAGGAGAUCCCUUCGCCUUCCUGCCCGAAUCACACUGUCCGCUGGCACUCGCUUUGGAUCGGGUUUUUGCUGCGAAGAUCCCUUUCAUCAGGGAUCUCCAGGAUUUGCUGCGAAAAUCCCUUUCAUCAGGGAUCUCCAGGAUUUGCUGCGAAGAUCCCUUUAAUCAGGGAUCUCCAGGAUUUGCUGCGAAGAUCCCUUUCAUCAGGGAUCUCCAGAAACAUCCAUCCGAAGAUGAGCGCAACGGAUAGGUGGAGCGGCCGCGAAACUGCGGGGACUCAAAGCGGGGAUGAUGACCACGACUCCAACGCCGGUUCCAAGGAGCGUGAACGCGACGAGCCUUUAGCCUCUAAUAACGCACCGGAGUUUCGGGAAGAAAUCUCGGAUUUCGACCAGUGGAUAGAAAACGCGAAAACGGUGCUAGAAUUCGUGGAUCAAAAGUAUCCAGCCUGUAAAGACAAAACCGAACGGACUACACAGUUCUUCGUUAACCGAGUGGCGGUUCUCAUUGAAAAGUUCAAGCUGUACAUGUUGGCGGAGGAUUCGCCGGAGAAUUCGCCGGAGGAUUCUACCCGCCGGAAUGUCCGGAAUGUUCUGGAGCUGAGAAUAAUGUUGGACGAUUACAUCAAUUCGCUCCAGGAAGCCAAAGAUGAUGAAUGGAUGAAGUCACAAGACAAGUGGGAUCAGACAUUAGCGGAUCGCGUGAAUGCUUUCCAGGACCUGCUGAACGACAUUAAAAAGAACAUGGAAUCAAAUCCGGAAGCGUAUGUCAUACUGAGUUCAGCGAGUGGCAUGCCGAAAUCAGCGAGCUCUUUAACACCCGAGCCCUACCCCGUCGUUGAUUUGCGUAAGGUGGUGCCCUACCAGUCUUAAAUACCGCCGGGGCCCACCCGCCCAGCCGUGCGUGAACCUUCGGCGGUGGCUACGAGGCCGGAUCCGAUUGAUCUGCAUAAACAGUUUUGCGAAGAGGACACUUCGAUCGGUGUCAACGAGCGCUCACCAGAUUCAUCGCCGCAUUUCGGUCGGCUUUACAAUCCCGAGCGACUCGGACUGGCGGAUGACUAUUCACUGGAGUCCGAUUCCUCGUAUUUUCGAGGCAAA